GAAUACGUUCUUAAGGUCUAUCGACUAUUGUGGCUGCACCCGCAGGACGCGCGAUCGAACGUGCGGUUUCCCUGACCGCUGCUGCACUCUCCACCAAUCAUGAGUCUACAUACGCCGUCUCCAGAAGGCAGUCCCGUGUCAGCGGUUACGACCAAUGGCGCGUUCCCAAGGGACUCCUUCUGCCUUAAUCUUUCCACUUUACCGGACUCCAGCAACUUUCUUCUGAAAUCGGCACUGAAAUCCCCUCAUCUCCUCGACUCCCCCACCGCCUUCAGCCCUGCCAGCAGCGUGCUGGGCGGUCCGUUCAAAUCACGGCCCCGCAAUAUGUCUCAAUCGUCUGGAACCGAUCGCGAAAUGUCAACCGAGGCCACGCCAAAUCCAGCCAACGGCGCUCCGCCCACCAGUAAUGGCAUUGAACCACGCUCUACAACGAAGAAACGCCCUAGUACAGACACCAUAGAUUACCCGCGCCGGCGAGCUACCAUCGCGUGCGAAAUAUGCCGGUCGAGGAAGUCACGUUGUGAUGGCACUCGGCCCAAGUGCAGGCUUUGUAGCGAGCUGAACGCAGAAUGCAUCUACCGCGAGCCCGGGAUCAAAUUAGAUGCCGGCGACAAGCUGAUACUGGAGCACCUCAACCGGAUCGAAGGCCUGCUCCAGACGAAUCUUGCAAAUGGGUACACUUUGGGCACCCACUCUCCAGCAGCGAGCAAUUCCACCAGUGACGAUUUUCUCGCGCGAUCCUCCGGGAAUAUGGCUGCAAUGGGCCUGGUGCAAUCGAUCAACGGGAUCGGUACCUGGAGCAGCACAGCUUCGAACAUCUCCACGAUGCCAAAGACGCACACAACAGCAGCACUGAACUUGCUACAAUCGCCUAUGAUCAGAGACCUCGUUUCUCGGCCGUACGAUCCCAAGAUCCUUCUUCAGCUGGAAAUGAGCCGUGAACCCUUGUGCCUUGGCACCUCGCUUGGAGUCGAUCUUUCCAACACCGGCACCUACGUUCAAGCCUUCUUUGAGCGGGUGAAUGUUUUCUACGCAUGUCUGAACCCGUACACUUGGACAAGCUACUAUCAAACUGCGUUGUCGCACGGGUUCAGAGACGGUGCGGAGAGCUGCAUUGUACUCCUAGUCCUGGCACUUGGUCAUGCAGGCAGCAUGGGAAGCAUCUCGCAGCAACCAGUAGACAAAGACCCACCGGGACUUGCAUACUUUGCUGCAGCAUGGGCUCUGCUACCAAGCAUCAUAACACGGAAUAACAUGCUUGCUGCACAGUGUCAGAUCCUGGCAGCUGCGUAUCUUGUGUAUCUGGUCCGCCCAGUGGAAGCAUGGAAUGUCUUGACCGGUGCAAGCAUGAAAUUGCAGCUGCUUCUGAGUGCCCCUGGGAGGGUCUCGCCUGGAGAGGAAGAGUUGAGCAAAAGAGUGUACUGGAACGCGCUUAUGAUCGAGAGUGACUUGCUGGCCGAGUUAGAUCUUCCGCAUUCAGGGCUCGAGCAUUUCGAAGACUCAUUCACCCUCCCCACGGGAUUUGAAGAUAUCGGGACCGAACCGGUUGGUAGAGACGAGCUUUGGUACUUCCUUGCGGAAAUCGCUUUGCGGAGACUGCUCAACCGAGUGAGCCACAUGCUCUACCAGAGAACCUCAAAUUACCAGAAGUCACCACCUGCGGCAGCUAUCGCGCAACUAGAUCCUCUCGUCCUCGAGUUGGACUACCAGCUGAACCAGUGGUAUGCGGGCCUUCCACCAGCCAUGCAGUUCCCACUCGAUAGGGUACCGCUCCAAAACCCAGUACAAACAGUCCUGAGACUGCGAUACUUCGCUUGCCGCACCAUCAUCUUCCGACCGUACAUUCUAUUGGUACUGCAGGACGAGACCUUGGCUCUAGACCAGGGAGUGCAGGAGAAUUGCCACAGGUGCUUGGAGGCUUGCAUUCGCCAGCUUGAAUAUAUCACGUCCCAUCACGCCGGCCACGUCCCCUAUCUCUACCAAGGGGCACUAUCCAUUAUCUCGCAGACUCUGCUCGUUAUGGGCGCCACGAUGUGCCCAUCUCUCUCCGCGCUUCUCCCACCGCCGACGACCAUGGACGAUAUCAUAAACAACGUCAUUCACGAAAUGGAGCGACUCUCGCACCUUGCCCCCAGCCUCCGGCUCUCGGCCGAGCUCAUACGAGACGCCGAAGGCAAGCGGCAAAUGUGGCUACGAACAGCUGGACUCAAGUUUGACGGAUGAAAGAAGACUUCCCAGGACAGCGGUAUCAUCGGUACAGCAAGCCGUUCUAGCCAUCACCCCUGGAAUCGAUGAUCUCAGUAUG